AUGAAGAAGUUUGGUAUCCGACAUGGAUGUUUAUAUGAGACAGAGCCCUGCCCCUAUGUCACGGGUGUUCUCAAUCUGACUCCAGAUGGCUUCGGUGACAGUGGGAAAUUUCAAUCAAUAGAAACUGCAGUUUCUCAAGUUCGAUUGAUGGUCUCAGGAGGGGCUGAUAUUAUUGAUAUCAGUAGGCAAUCCACAUGUCCAAAUGCAUCAUGGAUUUCUGCAGAAGAAGAGCUAGACAGAAUACCUGUUCUAGAAGCUGUUCUAGAAAUACCUGAGAUAGAAGGAAAGCUGUCUGUGGAUACUUUUCACUCAGAAGUUGUGUGGGAAGCAGCGGAAAGAAGGGUUUAUCUUGUCAAUGAUGUAUCUGGUAGGCAGUUAGAUUCUAAAAUGCUUAAGGUUGCUGCAGAUCUUGGGGUUCCUUAUGUGGCAAUGCACAAGGGGGACCCCUGUACUAUGCAAAGUGAUGAAAAUCUACAAUAUGAAGCUGUAUGUGUCCAGGUCGCUUCUGAAUUCCAUUUGUGGAUCAGAUUUACUGAACCAUCAGGUCUCAGCAUGGAGAAUUAUUCUGGUAUUGGAUUAUCUAAGCAUAUUUAG